AUGGAUUCUACUUUAUUGAAUAUUGUUAUAGAAAUUAUUGAGGACAAAUGCGAAUCCCAAACUGCCGCUGUGAUCGUUGGUGUUGUUCUUGGUGCAAUUAUAGUAGCGCUUGGUUUAUACGCGAUUUACACAACACUUGUCAUCAGACGUUAUAAGAAGGGUGAAGGUGAAAAUGAAAUAAAUAAAGGCCAAUCACGAAAGGGUCCGAUAUACGCAAACGAAUCUUUCAUGACGGGAAUUGCAGAAAUUGGCGAGGGAAAUAAAGAAGCAACUUCUAGCAACUCUGAAACAGAAUACUUAAGAUUAGAUGAAAAUAAUCGGGAUGACAAGACGUAUGAGCGUCUUCAAGACUUGUAAAAUAACAAUUUCCGUCAUCUUAGUUACGGGAUCUUAUUUUUAUUUAAGACAUAAUGGAACAUGUAUUCUCUGAUGUGCAAAAAUGUUUUAAAUUUAUUAAUGACGUCAUUUAUGUGUAAAUUCAUGGUAUAUCUAAAGUAUCCUUAUGAUCACAAAUGACAAGAAAUUGCCACAGAAAAAGCUUACAAAUCUAAAGAAUGGCACAUUCUUUCUAAAAUUAUUUAUCGCAUUUAUAAGCAUUUUAACACUCUUUGACCUGAUGAUCUCAAAGUCAAUAAAAGUCAUCCAGAAACCAUUAACAUAGUCAUUGCGUUAUUGAGAGUUAUUUACAAGGACGCGGCUAACAAACGGGGUCUGAUGAUAAUACUUCAGUGACCACUUUAUCGUUCUUUAUCGGCUAAUAAUUAACCACUUAAAACAAUGCGGUAUGAAUGACAUCAUAGAAAAUGUACAGUUAUCUAAUGUUUAUAUAGCAUCAUAUUCUCUUGUAAGCAAAGAACUACCUAUACGAAGUUUGACGGAAAGGGUCAAGAUGUUGCGAUUGAGUUAUAACCAGAGCAGUUCAAAAACUUCAUAGGAAACAGUGAAUGUCCUUCUUAUUUUCUCUUUCAACUCAAAAUAUAUAGUACAAAUGCAAUUUUGGUAGAAUAUAUUUUCGUUUCAUCUUUAGAAGAGAUAUACGUCAAAUUGAUAAUUAAACGUUUCUUUACAUAAUACACUUUAUAUGACAAAAACUAUUCUUAUAUAGCAUGUUACAAAAUCUCUACUAUUCAUCAUCAAUCAUAUUCUGUUAUAACGUUUAAGAUUCCUGCACUUCUAUUUCAAGGUUACGUUUUCCCUUCAGCUUAAAAUUGUAGGUAUUUUGUGUUAUUUUUAAUGAAAUCUAUUCACAGAACGUGAACGUGAUUUACUUGAAACUUUAAGUGGUUGUUCUUUUUUAUUGCCAAAUAAUACAAUGUUGAUAAGCUAUUUUGAAAUAAUAAUUUCUCUAAAAUUCAUCUAAGAGUUCUGUUUUGAACAAUUAUUUUUACACAUAAUUUGUCUUAUAUUUUAUCAUCACUCAAAUUCUAAUAGUUUUGCUCCAUAGUUACCGCUAUUUGAUUGAACUUCAUUUCUUAACCUUUUUCUGUAUAGUAAUACAUUUUAUAUGCUAAGAUAAUUAUUCCUACAAAAAUGAUCUGCAUCGUUACCCAAGUCACAUGUGACAAGUUUUAUUCUUCAAGCUCCUCUUAGUUUAACUAUUUAAAUUGUAUCAAAUAUUUAACAAAAAACUUCUCAUGGAUGCGUUACAUUAAAUUAACAUAAAUAUAUUAAAAAAAUCUGUUGAAAUGGACUUUUAUUUUUGUUAUAUCUUUUUUUAAUUGCAAUGCACUUUAUGUAAUAAGCUGUAAAUAAUAACGAAGUUAAUCCAUCCUAUACUUGCAAAUCAAGAGUGUGCAUCAACCUGAGAAAUUUGUUUUAUUAUCAUUAUUAUUAUGGUUGGGUUGAAAGUCGCACCAAAAUAGUCAUAAGAACAAUUUUAGAACAAACAAAGCAUAGCUAAUGUUAGAAGAAUUUAUUACAAUUUAUUGAGAAACAUUUCAUAUCUGUUGCAAAAUGGAAAAAGUCUCUAUUCAGACAUUUGUUAGAAAUUUUAUAAAAAGGUGACCCAUCUUUAUCAGUCGACGUGCGUCAUCUAUUGUUCGAAAACAAUUAUUUCAAUUUUAAAAUAGCAAAAAAUAGGAUAGGAAUUUUAAUCCAAUGUACACUGCCUUAUAUUUUGCUAUUCAUUUUAAAUAAAACAUAUUAACUGUAUCUAAAUGCGUUACAUUUUGUUUGACCCUGAUCCUGGCCAAAUGUUCCGUACUUCUAUUAUUCUUGCCUCAUGUCACCCGUAAACUUGAUAUGUUCGGGUAUGUUGUGUGAUGCUCAAUUGCACUUCACAUCUGACCAUUAUAUGCUAUAGUUGUGUGAUUAUAUAUUUAUAUUGUUUAUUAUAUUCUUUAAUAAAUAUCUUAGAUAUUUCA